GUAGAACUGGCUUUCUCUUUUGUUAUCAACUCUCUUGAACAGCCUAGCAGGGUUGCAGUUCCAUGUGCAUAAGGUAUGUAUACACUAGUGGAUAAAUUGGUGGUGGAGAUCUUCUGAAGCGGGCACCGAGUCCAUGAUUCGUCUAGCGGGAUGAUAUUUAGGGUACCAUAGCUGUAUGCGAUUGCAGUUACCUUGCAUAAUCCAAUAAUUGGGUGAAGUAGGAUGGUAUCUGCUUCCUUGGAGCAUGAUAGCUCCAUCCCUGGUACUCCACAGGAUGGGUGGCUGGUUGCAUCGCGGAAUGGAAAGCGGAUCUCUGGGUUGCGCUCACUACACUUUGAUGGAGUGCAAUCAUUGAAAAAAUCUCCAUCACCACUUGCUGUGACCCUGUUGAUUCCAUAGCUAAGGGCUAAGAACAACAGAACUACAGUGAAAGAUUCAAACAUUUUCUGUGAAGAAGUGAAGGUAGGAGGCAAGGACAUGAUGCUGUGCCUGCAAAACUCGGUCUUACAUUGGAACUAAAAAAGAAGAAAUAGCUGUGUAACCUUGGCUUUAGUGGCUAUUAAGUAUGCCAUGAAUUAUGGUGGACCCAUGAAAUAGUUGGACGGAUUCUAAUUUUUCUUCCAUUGGUGCUGCAUAUGGAAAUGAGAAUGCACUACAAGUCAAAACUUAUCUUUCCUACAAAUCAAAGCUUAUGAAUACUAAUUUUACUAGCAAGACCACAUGAGUGGUUAAUGAUUACCCAGCAGUCAGGUAACACACCAAGCUUGACUUUUCUUCCUCCUGUGUCCAUCAGUCCAUACGCACCAGAAAAUUUAUAUAUCAUUCUGUCCGAGAUCAUAUUGGUCAUGCCUUGGAUAAUUAGCUUUCUCCUUAACUCUGGUGCAAACUUCCAUGCCUGAUUAUGCAUCUGUGAAACUCUCAUGGCCAUUUCCAUUGCAUAUCUGUAUUCUGUUAUAUUCCAAGCAUUAGCAAUCUCGUCCACACUUUCAGUUCUUCUAACGAAGACUGCAGCAGCACAUAUCCUGGGACAAGCAGUUUGCCCCUCUUUCUCCUGUGGGCAUCUCCAAAACAUCCAGCAUCCUUUCCGUUUGCGAGGUGAUCCUCCUGGCUGUGGUGUUCAGGAAUAUGAGCUUGUUUGUAGCGGCAAUCUGGCUAUAAUUCACAUCAACAUGGGAAGAUACUUUGUCACUAACAUCUCCUACAGUGACUCUAUUUUCUGGGUUGUUGAUGCCAGUUUGGAUAACAGCAGCUGCCCUAUUCCUGAGAGGAAUCACCAUCCUUAUCUAUAUGGAUUGUCAUCAGCUGACAUGACGCUGUUCUAUCCGGAGGAAGGUACAUGGGCUGCCUUUGUGGUUUGUUCACAGAUGAUAAAAGAUAAUGUUAUUUAUAGGCCUGUUGAUUGCCAGAGUACAAACAGUUCUUUUGUUUAUGUGUUGACUAGCGAGCUUUCGUAUUUGGUUCGAAAUGUUGAGCCUUCAUGUGGAUACUUGGCUAUGACUCCUUUGAGCAGUUGGCGUGUGUGGCCGACAGGUAAUGUAGGUUAUGAUUAUGAAGAUGUCGUAAAAUUUAUGAGGAAGGGGUUUGCUGUUAGAUUUCCUAUCUAUGCACAUGAUAGUACCUGGACAUAUUCAUGGAUCAUCAACAGAUGCCUGAAUGAUUCAGUGAGUAACUUCCACGAACAGAUGUCUAGUUCAAGCAUCCAAAAUCAGACUUCAGCGAUUCUUGGCGUUGACAUCCAUUUCUUGAGAUGUAUAAAUUACCACUACCAAACUAAAUUAUUUUGGGCAGCGGUAGUCACAGUUUCUGCUAUAAGUAUUGUCAAGUUCAUUAUCGUGUUUGCAAUAUUAUCCAGGUUAGUCUUUGCACCAUUGUCCGUAUUGACCUUCCUUGCCUACAAAUACUGGAAAACAAAGAUAGCAGUUGACACAGUUGAGAAGUUCCUCCAGAUGCAACUAGCCCUUGGCCCAACAAGGUACGCCUACACAGACAUCACUGCAAUCACUAGCCACUUCAGAGAUAAACUGGGCCAAGGAGGCUAUGGGACUGUGUACAAAGGUGUGCUUCCAGGUGAUGUCCAUGUUGCCAUCAAAAUGUUGGUCAGCUCCAUGUCUGACGGAGAAGAAUUCAUUAGUGAGGUGUCCAGCAUCGGAAGCAUUCACCAUGUCAAUGUAGUGCGUCUAGUGGGUUUCUGCUCAGAGGAAAUGAGGAGGGCUCUUGUUUACGAGUACAUGCCCAACGGAUCUCUUGAGAAGUACAUCUUCUCGUCUGACAAAAGUUUCUCCUGGGACAAGCUCAACGAGAUUGCUGUGGGCAUUGCCAGAGGUAUCAACUACCUGCAUCGAGGGUGCGAUAUGCAGAUACUACACUUCGACAUCAAGCCGCACAACAUCCUGUUAGACAGCGACUUCACUCCGAAGAUUGCUGACUUUGGGCUCGCGAAACUGUACCCAAGGGACAACAGUUUUUUGCCUGUGAGCGCUGCUAGGGGAACAGUUGGCUACAUAGCUCCUGAGAUGAUAUCACGUAGCUUUGGCGCUAUAUCGUCCAAGUCUGAUGUUUAUAGCUUCGGGAUGCUAUUGCUGGAGAUGGCUGGGGGGCGGAGGAACGCAGAUCCACAGGCGCCAAGAAGCCAGACGUAUUACCCAGCAUGGGUGUACAAUCAACUGUCCCGACAAGAGGUGGGUGAAAUUUCAGAAGCUAGGGGCAUCCAUGAGGUGGAGAAGAAGCUAUGCAUUGUUGCGUUGUGGUGCAUCCAGAUGAUGUCACAUGAUAGGCCAUCGAUGAGCGAGGUGUUAGACAUGCUUGAAGCUGGCGUCGAUGGCCUGGAGAUACCUCCCGAGCCGUUCUUUUGCGGGGAUGAGUAUGCCCCUGAUGCAAAUUCCUUGCAUUUGCCGGAAUCAACUACAUUUUCAGAAUAAAAGACCUGUAUGUCCUGGUUUUGUGCCAAAUUGUGUGCCCUGACCACCUUGCAGGUCUUAUGCCGAGUGCCCUGUAUAAGUUGAUUUUGGAAGGUUUGUGAUUGUAAAAAUAUCUCAGGGUUGGAUUUAGACCAAUCAGGGGAGGUUAUGUUGUAUCUUGUAUGUAUGUGGACAUGUGGUGUAAAGAAGAAAUUAUUUCUUAAUACUA